UGAAUUACCUUCACUUGAAUAAAUGAGAUGAAAAAAUAGUGUAUAUUUUUCUUACAUUGUUACACUUUUACUGAUGUAUUUAUAGGAUAGAAAGAAGAGGCAAGGUAUUUGCCUAAAACCCUAGGGUAUAUAGACCUUAAGGGAACCAUUGAGAACAGUUUCCUAUCAGCAUUUAUGUCGUUGUUUUAUUUCUUCAUUUUGCUUGAAGAAUUCAAAUUAUUGGCACACAAAAAUGUACCUUAACUAUUACGUAUAUCUGCUUGUGUAUGAAAUGUUUAUUGAUCAUCAGACCAGAACAUAUGAAUUAGAAAUAUUUAAUCUUCAAUGCCUAUUUCAGUGAUGACAGAAAGCUGGUAUCAUCAUCUUUCUGUUUUCUUUUAAUUUCAUACUCUGUGGAUGCACCUUUCAUUGAUGGUUUAGAGAUUACUCUUUUUGUAGGAGUGACUUCUUGACUGUGGCUACAACAAGACCAGAGACUUUAUUUGGUGAUGUGGCACUAGCAGUUCAUCCAGAGGAUGAUCGAUAUUCCAAGUAUAUUGGUAUGAUGGCAAUUGUACCUCAGACAUUUGGUCGCCAUGUUCCUAUCAUUGCUAACAAGCAUGUUGAUAAAGAUUUUGGAACUGGAGUGCUGAAAAUUAGCCCAGGACAUGACCAUGAUGACUAUUUGCUAGCUCGAAAGCUUGGUCUUCCGAUACUUAAUGUGAUGAAUAAGGAUGGAACACUAAAUGAUGUUACUGGGUUGUACAGUGGCCUUGAUCGUUUUGAUGGUCGGAAAAAACUAUGGGCAGAGCUUGAGGAGACAGGAUUAGCUGUGAAAAAGGAACCCCACACAUUACGAGUUCCGAGAUCUCAGCGUGGUGGAGAAGUGAUAGAGCCACUUGUUAGCAAGCAGUGGUUUGUGAGUAUGGAGCCUCUCGCUGAGAAAGCACUUCAAGCAGUUGAGAAAAGAGAAUUGACUAUAAUUCCUGAAAGAUUUGAGAAGAUUUACAAUCAUUGGCUCUCCAAUAUUAAGGAUUGGUGUAUAAGCAGACAACUAUGGUGGGGACACAGGAUACCUGUAUGGUACAUUGCUGGAAAAGACAAUGAAGAGGAGUAUAUAGUUGCUAGAAAUGCUAAGGAAGCACUUGAGAAAGCUCACAAGAAAUAUGGGAAGGAUGUAGAAAUAUAUCAAGAUCCUGAUGUUCUUGAUACUUGGUUUUCUAGCGCACUUUGGCCUUUUAGUACCCUUGGAUGGCCAGCUACAUGUGCAGACGAUUUUAAGCGAUUCUAUCCUACCACAAUGCUUGAAACUGGGCAUGAUAUAUUGUUCUUUUGGGUCGCAAGAAUGGUGAUGAUGGGGAUUGAAUUUACAGGAACGGUUCCAUUUUCUUAUGUUUAUUUGCAUGGACUCAUCAGGGAUUCACAGGGGAGAAAAAUGUCUAAAACAUUGGGAAAUGUAGUAGAUCCCCUUGACACUAUCAAAGAUUUUGGGACAGAUGCUUUACGUUUCACACUAGCUUUAGGCACAGCUGGCCAGGACCUUAAUUUGUCAACUGAGCGGUUGACCUCCAACAAAGCCUUCACAAAUAAAUUGUGGAAUGCUGGCAAAUUUAUAUUGCAGAACCUGCCUAAUGAGAAUGAUACGUCUGCUUGGGAAAAAAUAUUGUCUUAUAAGUUUGACAGUGAAGGCAUUGUGGUUAAUCUUCCUUUACCUGAGUGUUGGGUGGUGUCAAAACUUCAUUUGCUCAUUGAAUCUGUCAGUGGAAGCUAUGACAAAUUUUACUUUGGAGAAGUGGGACGAGAAAUAUAUGACUUCUUUUGGGCUGAUUUUGCUGAUUGGUACAUUGAGGCUAGUAAAGGGCGUCUUUAUCACUCUGGAGUUGGAGGCAACUCUGUUGCUUCAGUGGCACAGGCUGUUCUGUUAUAUACUUUCGAGAACAUACUCAAAGUUCUGCAUCCUUUCAUGCCAUUUGUAACUGAGGAGCUGUGGCAGGCACUCCCUUACCGAAAACAUGCUCUUAUUGUAUCACCUUGGCCCGAGACUCAACUUCCAAGGAACAAUGGCUCUAUAAAAAAGUUUGAAAAUUUGCAGGCUUUGGUUAGAGCCAUCAGGAAUGCUCGGGCAGAAUAUUCUGUUGAGCCGGCAAAACGUAUAUCAGCAUCUGUGGUUGCAAACAAAGAAGUUAUAGACUAUAUUGCUGAAGAACGAGAGGUUCUAGCUCUUCUCUCUCGGCUGGAUCUACAAAAUCUGGAAUUCACAGAUUCUUCUCCAGGAAAUGCAGAUCAGUCAGUUCACCUCGUGGCUGGAGAGGGACUGGAGGCUUAUCUCCCUCUGGCCGAUAUGGUUGAUAUUUCUGCAGAAAUUGAACGACUAUCAAAGCGUCUUUCCAAGAUGCAGAAGGAAUAUGAUGCAUUAAAAUCUAAACUCAAUUCUUCUCAAUUUGUAGAGAAAGCACCGGAAGCUGUGGUCCGCGGGGUGCGAGAAAAAGCCACAGAAGCAGAAGAGAAGAUCAAUUUAACAAAGAAACGACUUGAAUUACUGAAAUAACUUUCUAUUGUCACAAUAGAACGUUUCAGCUACCGAUUAAUGCCUGUUGUAUCCAAUUUCAUGCCGUGUUAUGGAGAAUCAACAAGAUUGCAGUACACCUGAUGUCAGCAACAAAAAUCGCAGUCUCUCUCUACAUGGCAUCAUCACAAGGGAAUAGAUGUUUUGUCACCAUCAGAUGAGUUGUUGUAAGUGUAGGAUAUCCAUUGACCUCAAUUAUUUUAUUAUAAGUUUGAUACUGGGAAGAAACCAUGAUUGCAAAGUACAUUGCUCAUACCGAUACUGUAUUAUUAUUAAUAAACAACUUCUUAGAAUUCUUCAA